GAGCACUCCGUAAACAAGAGUCUGGCAAAAACAUUCUGAUUUUUAUCUUUAGACGCUGUUGGGUUGAGAAAAUGUGUCAGUGCCAGUAGAACGGGGCUUAUUGCUCUCCAGCAGAUUCAUGGGUAAUGAUGACACCAAACAUUGCCACCUUUGUGCCUGUUGCUGAAUGUUGAUUUUUUUUACCCCUUCUCCAAAGGGAUACUUAGCCAACAGGAUACUUGUGGAGCGAAAUAAAUUCUGAGACCCGGAGGCUUGUGGACAUUGGUGGAGUGAAAUGACAGCUGGACCAGAGGCAGUUAACAGAUCUAAGUGAGAUUAAGUCUUUUGUUUUAUCUACAUAUACUUUGAAAAAAAUGGCGACAAGAGUAGGCGGAGGAUACCCCAUGAACCCAGACAGCCCCAUGAAUCCAGCUCUCGGGGUGAACCCAAUGAAUUCCGUGGCGGGCCAAGGUGGUAGGAUGCCACUUAAUCUUCAGCAGCCAUCUCCAGCCUUCCGCACGAUGGGUCCCGGCGGCGCUUAUCCCCGCCCAGGGAUGCCACUAGGAUCUCGCAUGGGAAUGCCAGGAAUGCAGAUGGGCAUGCCCUCUGGCCCAUCCUUCAUGGGGAACACGGCCGUGCGACCAGGAAUUCCACAGCCGAUGAUGGACCCGUUUCGUAAGCGUAUGCUCGCACAGCAGCCUCCACAGAUGAUGCAGAACCGAGGGAGAGGUGUGAAGAGACGAAAGAUGGCUGACAAAAUUCUACCACAAAGGAUCAGAGAGCUUGUUCCUGAAUCCCAAGCUUAUAUGGAUCUCUUAGCUUUUGAGCGCAAAUUGGAUCAAACUAUUAUGAGGAAACGCCUGGAGAUUCAGGAGUCCAUGAAAAAGCCCUUAAUGCAAAAGCGCAAACUAAGGAUCUACAUCUCAAACACUUUUACCCCAGCCAAGUCUGAAGGUGAAGAGGGAGAAACAGUUGCAUCAUGGGAGCUUCGUGUGGAAGGAAAGCUACUUGAUGAUCCUGGAAAAGUGAAGAGGAAGUUUUCAUCCUUUUUCAAGAGUUUAGUCAUCGAAUUGGACAAAGACCUUUAUGGUCCAGACAAUCACUUGGUGGAGUGGCACAGAAUGCCCACCACACAGGAGACAGAUGGCUUUCAGGUGAAGAGACCAGGAGAUGUGAAUGUGAAAUGCACCCUGCUAUUGAUGCUGGAUCACCAGCCCCCACAGUAUAAGCUCGAUGUCAGAUUGGCUCGUUUGUUAGGGGUCCACACUCAGACCCGUGCCAACAUCAUGCAGGCCCUGUGGCUCUACAUCAAGAAGAACAGGCUUCAGGAUAACCACGAAAAGGAAUACAUCAACUGCAACCGCUACUUCAAGCAGAUAUUUAACUGCAUGCGGAUGAAAUUCACUGAAAUUCCAAUAAAACUGGCUGGUCUCCUACAGCAUCCAGACCCCAUCAUUAUCAACCACAUGAUUAGUGUGGAUCCAAGUGAUCAGAAGAAAACUGCUUGUUAUGACAUUGAUGUUGAGGUUGAUGACCCUCUGAAGAGCCAAAUGAGCAACUUCCUUCUGUCGACAACCAAUCAGCAGGAGAUUGCAGUCUUGGAUGUUAAGAUUCAUGACACAAUUGAAUCUAUCAAUCAGUUGAAGAUCCAACGUGACUUCAUGCUAAGCUUCAGUAACCACCCUCAGGAGUUUAUUCAAGACUGGUUAAAGUCACAGUGUCGUGAUUACAAGAUUAUGACUGAUAUCAUUGGGAACCCAGAGGAGGAGAGAAGGGCUGAGUUUUACUAUCAACCUUGGACACAGGAAGGAGUUGGAAGAUUCAUCUUCUCAAAGGUUCAGCAGCGCAGACAAGAACUGGAACAAGUACUGGGAAUACGUUUUACUUAGAUGCCAUAGUGCCUCCCUUCCAAAGAGCUGGAGCUUAACACUCAUAGUGAUAACUUGCACUGCUUUUUUGACAUCUGAGAACAGCCUGGUUGAGUAACUAGCAAAGAAACUGCUCUUUACCAGGGACAUUCUGGAACUAUUUUUAUAAAAUUUUACCAUUUACAAAAAAAAUAAACAAUAGUGCAAAAUCCACUCCCCUUUCCUGCAGUGGUGAUUCAGAGAUCUACCAUCGGCAGAAAUAAAUUUUUAUGUACAACUAUUGUUUACUAAUUCAAGGAUGGUUCACCUAAUCUUUGAUUAAUUAUAAACAGUUAGUUUGUCUGAAAGUUGAUAGUGCAAAUCUGCCUUGAGGUUUAUACGUCUCUCUUACCGCUUUAAAAAAAAUGCACAAUCUAAGUGACUUGUAACCCCCUUCCAAAGUGAAUACAUAGUAAACCAAAAGAACAGGAUCCCCUGGGAUAUUGAAGGGUGUUUUAAACCUAGAAGAACAUGAGUUCUGGCUACAGCACCAGAAGGAUAAAAUCCACAUUGUUUUGUUGUAAGGCUCAUUGGCACUUGCAAUCAAUCAUAGUUUUGAUUAGUUUAUGCGUAGAAACUCUUGUUUGCAUUCUUCUUGUAUGAAUGCAAUUUGCACUUAAAUCCAUGUCAUAAUUUCUGGGUUAUGGUAUGGUUUCCCCAUUUAAAAUAUUUCAAAGUUUGAAGCAGAAUACUUUUUGAUGUUUUCUGAGUAUUAUAGGAACAUAUGAUUGGACCAAGCACUGCCGUCUCUGUAGAGUUCAAAUCCUCUUGACAUUAAUCAAUUUAGCCUUUCAAAGGAUAGAUUAGCAAACUGGAAUUGUAACUUAAUAUUAUAGCUUCAAGCCAAGGUGAUAACAAUCAUGUUUCUUGAGGGAUUAUUUCAAUUUCUGGCCAAAGAGUAUAUGUAUCCUAUUACAUGGACCAUUGGUUUUAUCAGAUUAGUGAUAAAGAUGAACAUUACCCUGUUUGUCUCCCUGCAGUGACAAUCCAAACUGCACUGCUUUCAGAAGUACAUCAGUUUCUAGAGCUGUAUGUUGUUGUGCCUUAUUUGGUUAACUGGUUUCUUGCAAGGACAUUUCUGUCAGUAUGUUUCAAAAUAGUGUUACAAUUAAGAAAGUAAGAAUAGUUUGUGAAAAUAGUUGCAGAGGGGGAAUAAUGCAGGAGGAUAAAUUUGAGUUAGUAAUUUUAAAUUAAAUACUGGUGUGAAUAUUUUGAAGUCAAGGUAAACUGUAUUUAAUUUAUUAGAAUUGUCUUGGAUUUGGGAUGGUUUAAACCUUGCAUAAUUAUCAUUUAAACAUGUUUUAUCAUUUGACUACAAGAAUUUUUCAAGAGUAUACAAGUCUUGAAGGGAUUUGUCAUUUGGAGAACGCCAUUCGUUCAAGCUAGCAGAAAAGUUUCUUCUGAAAUCAAUGUUUGUGUGCAUGUAGUUGAUAUCAAAAUGAUAAUCAAGUUCAAAAGUUACAUAAUGCCAUGAGAUAUUCUUAGAUUGUUUAAUUAUUUAAAACCACUGUUUUGGUUUUCAAAUUCAGUUUUCUUGGAAAAAGUCAAACCAGUGCAUUUGGUUCUUUGAAAUGGCAAAUUACGAGAAUAGAUUUUAAACCCAGUGUCAGUGGAAGUGCAAGCACUAUAGCAACUCAAUUGUAAUGAACAUUUAAGUCUAUUUUAGAUUCUGCAACUCAAUUUCAAAUUCAUGUCCUGUUUUAUGCAAAGAAAAAUCAAAAUAAAGUUGGUCAUAUCAGAGCCAUAUGGAAAAUAAAAAUGCACUACCAAAGCACAGAAGCUCAAGUAAUUGAGCACCUUCUUUAUUAUAGAGAACCUGCAACGAAACGUAGGUUCUGCUCCCUGGUACAACUUAGUACAACUCUGCAAAGAGGUGGGUCCAAAUGAUCUGAAUAGGAAUAAUGAAGAAUGUUCCAUUAAAAUGGAAUUAAGAUCCAAUUUUACAUUUGUAUUAAUUUCAUUCGUUUAGGGAAAAAAUGUUGCUUUCCAAUAGUGUUGCACAGUUGCUUUUUUUUAUAUAAAAAUAAAAUUUGAUUUCAGGAAGCUAAAGCUUAAGGGUACAGAGGUGAAUAUUUCAGAAAUUGUAUUUUUAAAAAUGCUAAGCGCAAACUUAAACAUUUAAUCUGAAUUACAGAUUCUUGCAAAGCUUUGGCUCUAAAGGUUUACUGUGUGUGAGUGUGGAGUAGUUUAGCAUGGGUUUUGAAGUACAAGGAAAUUGCUUUUGUGAGAUUGUGGUAACUUAGAUGGUUAUGUGGUAAAGGCAUUAGCUAUAGCAGGAGGCUUUGUCUCUUUAAGUGUACCAGAAAUACACAAACAUAAUUAAAUAUCAUAAUCUACACUUCACACAUAGCCUGUGACCCACAUAAACCUCACCAACACUAUUGGCUAAUUUCAUAGAUAAUAAACCUUCAAAGUACAGCUGGGUGUUUGGUCCAAUGACUCCAUGCAAACUCCUUGUAGAGCACUCCAGUCACUCUCAUUUCCCCAUAUCUCUGAAAGCUGAGCUUAAAUUACUUGGACUGUUUCCAUCUUUGGUGAAAUUCAAUAGGAACUUUUGUUAAAAUUCUAAACUACAAAAGCAUACCUUAUUUGGAAGUUCUAUGAUCUAGUUCCUUGGAGCUACAUCCCAAUGAGCAAAGUAAUUAUUUGCCAUAAUAAACCUUUUCUAGGGAAGUUCACACUAUUCAUUUCACCCUCAUCAAAUAACUUGCGGCAUUUAAAAAGAAAAAGACACGGCAUGGCAGCUGCUGCUCUUUAGAGUACUGGUUCCUUCUCUGAACACAAGCACCCACUUUCUCUCUCCACGCCCCCAUCCUGCCAACUCAGAUAAAAUAAAUUAUUUUUCAAUCACCAAGGAUACUAAUUGAAUCCAUCAUAGUACUUGAGAGUUUCAAACCAAAGCUAAUAUAAGCUGUAGAUCCUGUGACCCAGAUUCAAUCGUGAGCUCUGGUGCCAUCUGUCUGGAGUUUGCAUGUUCUCCCUGUGACCAUGUGGGUCUCCCCAUGUAUUUUGGUUUCCUUCCACACCCUAAAGAAAUGGCAUGGUAGAUUAAUUUGCCACUAAAUUGCCCUUGGUGUGGUAGAAUUGAGAACAUUAAUAGGAAUGUGGGAAGAAUAAAAUGUAGGAUCAGUGUAACUAGGUACUUGAUGGUUGAUGUGGGCUGAAGGGCCUGGUUCUAUGAUAACUGAUUCAAUAUUUUAUCAAACUAAAAUUGAAAUUAUCUAUGCCAUUUUACUACUAGACAUUUCAUUAACAUCUAGUUAUUAGAAUCAUUCAAUAAAAGGUAGCCAUUUUUAGUGUGACUGAAUACAAAGAGCCAUUAGAAAUUUUUCAUCAAAUUGGAAUAGUGAGGUCUAUCAACAGGUUUAAUGUUGAAGUGCAGUUAAUUGAAUUGCAGCACAAAAAUACGACACUGGGAUCAAUGUUAUAUUCUCCACAUUUCAAUGUGGAAAAAGGUGAUUAAUGAGACAUUCUUCCUGUUGUACAUAACAUGCAGCUGAUUAGUGCAACAAUUGUUAAGUGAAGCUUUGUCUAUAUUUACAGAUCUUUUAAAUAUUUUUAUGCUUUUGUAUUCACUGCAGUGGUAUAUAGGACCAAGGUACACACUAUUUAUGCUGAGGAUGUCUGUAUUAAUUAGGUACUGGGCUCAAGGUGAAAUACUGAUGCAGUUUAAAAAUUGCAGCUUUGGAACUGGAGGUGAUUCAGCUGUGUUCAAUUUUCUAAGUUCUUUAAAGCAAGUAUGGUCAAAGUAGCCACAUUCUGAUGUUUCAGCUGUCUUAUGCAGCAGUUUUUAGGGAAGCAGUAGUUGAUGGAUUGCACUCAGCCAUUCAAUGCUUGGCAGCUUUGUAGCCUUUAGUGGGCAGCAGGUAUAAAACGAUUACAAUGUUUUACUGGCUUACAGGAAUUCAGUGUUCCAAUGGAAAAUAUCAGGUUUUUUUUUAAAAAAACACCUCAGCAGGUACCAUAUUUACAUCGUAAUUUGGUAUUUAUUCCAUUUGGGAGAACAUUUGUACCAGAACUAACACAGAUUACACCUGUACCAAUUUUGCUGUAGAAGUUUUGCAUAGAAAAUAAAAAAUAAAGAUAGUAGUAAAAUUAA